AUGUCGGCAACAAACAAGGCGACGCCGGCGCCGGCGGCAGCGGCCACGGCGGGUGGUCGACGCAUGCCGAUGCUGCAGAAGAGUUCGAGCUUCAUCCACCGCACGCGCCACCUUAACGAUCCGCACAAGAGCGACGCCCGGCACUACUACGUGAGCCACCACGCCGACGGCAAGGCGAAGGCCACGACGCUGCAGCGCCACGGGGUGGACAAGGACAUGAUUGAGCUGAGCAGGGUGGCCCAGGACGACGCGCUGCGGGAGAAGGAGGACCGGAAGCGGCGCGAGGAGGUCGAGGCGCAGGUGCUGGAGGCCUUCAGGGCGGCGACGGAGGGCAAGCCCAAGCAGGAUCCGGCGGCCGAGCGGCGGCUCAAGCGGGACCUGCGCAAGCUGCUGAUGCGGCGCAGGAGCUCGGGCCUCAAGAAGAAGCAUCUCUCGUUCGAUCGCAAGUGGAACGAAGAGUACCAGGCCCUGCUCGAUAAGGGAAUUUGGAAUAUGUCUGCCAAUGAUGCGCAGGAGAUUUCCAAUUUGAUGCACGAUUUUGUAUUCAAUGUGGAGACCUACGCCAAGGUCAUCAUCAACGAGCUCAACGUCGACGACAGCAAGAAAACGAUCAAGCCCGUCGAAGUGGGCGGCAUCGCCGGAGGUAAAAAGUAUGUGGUGCAGUUGUGGUCAUCCGGAUGUCUUGCCUUGCUCGCUCCUACAGAACCUUGA